AUGUCCCUUCCCGCGGAUCUGACAUUAUUGCUGUCCCAAUUAGCAAACACCAUUGCCCGAGCCCUCGCCAAUUCCGAGGCCACCCGGAAGACGAAUGAAGACGCCCGUGCCGCCGCCUCGGCACCCGUGCGCGUUGAAGGCCUCCGCUUGCCCGAAUAUCACGGCCGUGUCGGUGAGAGCGUCGAUCUGUACAUCCACCGUGUCAACACGUUCUUUGCCGCCAAAAACAUCUUUCCGGGUGCCGAUCUCGCCACGGAACGGCGUUGCCUCGCGAUGGUCGUGGCGAACUUGCAAGGUCUCGCGGCGUCGUGGUACCUCAAACGUGUCGCUCGGUCGGACGUGUCAGUCUCACUACUUGAACACGAGGCACUGCGGGCUGAGUUUGAGCCGCCGGACUUGCAAGAGCGGCUGCAUGACCAGCUGUAUACGAACCGGCAGAGCGACUGCGCCGACUUGCUCGAGUACAUCGCUUCCGGGGUCUGA